AUGGGUGAGACUGAGGCUGAGUAUUGGCAGAGAGCUGUUGCUGUGGGGGAGUGUUGGCAGAGAGUUGAUUCUGUGCCGAGGUGUUGGCAGAGAGCUGGCGUUGAAGAUGAGUGUUGGCAGAGAGCUGGCGUUGAAGAUGAGUGUUGGCAGAGAGCUGGCGUUGAAGAUGAGUGUUGGCAGAGAGCUGGCGUUGUGUCUGGGUGUUGGCAGAGAGUUGUUGCUGUGGAAGAGAGUUGGCAGAGAGCUGACGUUGUGGGCGAGUGUUGGCAGAGAGUUGUUGCUGUGGAAGAGAGUUGGCCGGGAGCUGGAGUUGUGUCUGGGUGUUGGCAGAGAGUUGUUGCUGUGGAAGAGAGUUGGCAGAGAGUUGUUGCUGUGGAAGAGAGUUGGCCGAGAGCUGGAGUUGUGUCUGGGUGUUGGCAGAGAGUUGUUGCUGUGGAAGAGAGUUGGCAGAGAGCUGGCGUUGUGGGCGAGUGUUGGCAGAGAGUUGUUGCUGCGCCGAGGUGUUGGCAGAGAGUUGUUGCUGUGGAAGAGAGUUGGCCGAGAGCUGGAGUUGUGUCUGAGUGUUGGCAGAGAGUUGUUGCUGUGGAAGAGAGUUGGCAGAGAGCUGGCGUUGUGGGGGAGUGCUGGCAGAGAGUUGUGGCUGUGGGGGAGUGUUGGUACUGCUGGCUAAUGAAAGCUGGCGUUGAAGAGGAGCGUUGGCAGAGAGCUGGCGUUGUGGCGGGGUGUUGGCAGAAAGUGGGCUUUGUAGAGGAGCGUUGGCUGUUGAGAGCUGUUGCUGUGGAACAGAGUUGGUAG